AUGGCUGAUGCCCAGACGCAGGUAGCUCCUACACCAACCGUCCAAAUGAGGACUGGAAAGGACCUACCCCACCCCCCUCCCCCAGCCCUGGAGGGUCUGCCGUUGCCACCACCCAAGGAGUCCUUCUCCAAGUUCCAGCAACAGCGGCAAGCCAGCGAGCUCCGCCGUCUCUACAAACACAUCCACCCUGAGCUUCGAAAGAACCUCGAGGAAGCUGUGGCUGAGGACCUGGCGGAGGUGCUGGGCUCCGAAGAGCCCACCGAGGGUGAUGUUCAAUGUAUGCGCUGGAUCUUUGAGAACUGGCGACUGGAUGCCAUUGGUGACCACGAGAGGCCGGCGGCCAAGAAACCUGUGUCAGGCGGCAACGUUCAGGCCACCUCUCGGAAGUUUGAGGAAGGCUCCUUUACCAGCAGCUCAGAUCAGGAGCCAGCUGGACCCCGGCCAACUGGAGGUGAUGUUCAAGCUACCAGACAGCUUUUUGAGACCAAGCCACUGGAUGCACCAGCAGGCCAUGGGGAGGCCACAGAGGCCACCAUGAAGGAGCCUGCAGCCAGUGGAGACGUACAGGGUACCAGGAAGCUCUUUGAGACACGUCCUCUGGACCGGCUGGGCUCCCGGCCCUCUAUCCAGGAGCAGAGCCCCUUGGAGCUGCGCUCGGAGAUUCAGGAGCUGAAGGGUGAUGUGAAGAAGACGGUGAAGCUGUUUCAGACAGAACCUCUCUGUGCCAUCCAGGAUGCAGAGGGCACCAUCCAUGAAGUCAAGGCUGCCUGUCGGGAGGAGAUCCAAAGCAAUGCAGUGAGGUCAGCUCGCUGGCUCUUUGAGACCCGACCUCUGGAUGCCUUCAACCAGGAUCCCAGCCAGGUGCGGGUGAUUCGGGGGAUCUCCCUCGAGGAGGGAGCCCUGCCUGAUGUCAGUGCGACUCGUUGGAUCUUUGAGACGCAGCCUCUGGAUGCCAUCCGUGAGAUCUUGGUGGACGAGAAGGACUUCCAGCCGUCUCCAGAUCUCAUCCCUCCUGGUCCAGAUGUUCAGCAGCAGCGACAUCUGUUUGAGACCUGCGCCCUGGACACUCUGAAAGGGGAAGGAGAAGCUGGGGCAGAGGCUCCACCCAAGGAGGAGGUGAUUCCUGGUGAUGUUCGCUCUACACUCUGGCUGUUUGAGACGAAACCCCUGGAUGCUCCCAGAGACCAGGUCCAAGUGGGUCAUCUGCAGCGGGUGGGUCACCAGAAGGGUGAGGGGCUUAUGACUGACUGUCUAUCUAGUGAUGGCACUUCAGCAUUGCCUCUGUCUCAGGGUGUCUCCCAGAAUGACGGGUUGAAGGGGGAUGUCAAAACCUUCAAGAAUCUUUUUGAGACCCUUCCCCUGGACAGCAUCGGGCAGGGUGAGCAUUCAACCUGUGGAAAUAUAAGCAGAGCACAAACAACUGAUUCUGCUGAGCAGUCCCAGGGCGCAGAUUCCCCCAUAUAUGCCAUGCAGGACAGCAGGGGACAGCUCCAUGCCCUGACGUCUGUCAGCAGAGAGCAGGUAGUUGGAGGCGAUGUACAGGGCUACAAGUGGAUGUUUGAGACACAGCCCCUAGACCAGCUGGGUCGAAGUCCCAGUACCGUCGAUGUGGUACGAGGCAUUACUCGGCAGGAAGUGGUGGCCGGGGACGUUGGCACCACUCGGUGGCUCUUUGAGACACAGCCACUGGAGAUGAUCCACCAACAAGAGCAGCAGAAACGGCAGGAGGAAGAUGGGAAGGGUCCAGAAGCUCCCCCUACUGAGCUCCCCCAAAAAGGCGAUGUGCAGACCAUCCGCUGGCUGUUUGAGACCUACCCCAUGAGCCAGUUGGCCGAGAAGCAAGAAUCUGAGGUCAUAGACCCCGUGAGCAAGGCUGAAGCACAGUCGUGCACCUGGAUGUUUGGGCCCCAAUCUCUGACCCAGAUAGAAGGCUCUGGAGAACAGCACCUGCAAACUAGCCAGAUCCAAGCUAGAGACAGACAGACAGACAGACAUGUCUUUGAGACUGAAUCUCUGCAGGCAUCCGGCCAGCCCUGUGGGAGAAGACCUAUAAGGUACUGCAGCCGGGUGGAGAUUCCUUCAGGGCAGGUAUCUCGGCAGAAAGAGGUUUUCCAGGCAUUGGAGGCAGGCAAGAAGGAGACGCAGGAGGCCAGGAUAAGCCCUGAGUCCAUCCCCACAGGCUCUGUGCACAAAUUCACCUGGCUCUUUGAGAACUGCCCCAUGGGCUCCCUGGCAGCUGAGAGCAUCAGGGGAGACAACCUCCAGGAAGAACAGCCUAAAGGCUCUGCAGAUCGUGAGACACCAGAGAGGCAGGAGACAGCAGCCGAGAGAACCCUUCGGACUCUGCACGCCACUCCUGGCAUCCUGCACCAUGGAGGAAUCCUCAUGGAAGCCCGAGGGCCAGGGGAGCUCUGCCUUGCCAAGUAUGUGUUCCCAAGCCCAGGGCAGGGGCGCCCCUACAUACGGAAGGAGGAGCUAGUAUGUGGUGAGCUCCCCAGGAUCGUCCGCCAAGUGCUGCGUCGGGCAGAUGUGGACCAGCAAGGGCUGCUGGUUCAGGAGGACACAGCUGGCCAGCUCCAGCUCCACCCACUGAGGCUGCCAGGGCCAGGUGACACCGGGAAUAUUGAAGAUAUGGAUCCUGUGCUCCAACAGCUGCUGGCUUGUGGGCUUGGAGUCUCUGUGGCCAAGACGGGGCUGGUGAUGCAGGAGACAGGGCAGGGCCUGGUGGCCCUGACUGCUUACUCCCUUCAGCCCCAGCUAACCAGCAGGGGCCCCGAAAGAAGUAGUGUGCAGCUUCUGGCCAGCUGCAUAGACAAAGGAGACCUGACAGGCCUCCACAGUCUGCGAUGGGAGCCACCCGCAGACCCAAGUUCUAUACCAGACAGUGAGGAGUCCCAGAGGUUCCCCCCAACUGAGAGCAUCAUACAUGUUGCCCCAUUAGAGCCUACCAUGGAGAUGGGGCAUUUGAGAGUUUCGGGGACCACACCCUGCCCACCUCCACCUCGGGCAGUUGGAAAAGUGGUCCUUCCAAAUGGGAAAGCUGUAGCCCAGGCUCCAUUGCAGGAGGUAAGAAAGCAAACAGAUACCAGCCCUGCCGGGCAGCCGGGGAAGGCAGCCUUAGGAGGGCCGGAGGGAACCACAGCUUCCCCUCAAGGGUCUGGGACCCCAGAUCUCCAGGAAGCCAUGCAAAAUCUGCGGAUGGCAACCGCAGAGGCCCAAAGCCGGCACCAACAAGUUCUGAACAGGCAUUCACGGGGCUCUGACCCUGCAGCCACCUCCACGCCUAGCCGAGAUGUUCCUCUGCAAGCAUCCACUCAGCCUGCCACUGGGGCUACCCAAGGCAGCAUCAGGCCUGUGGCCAGAAGUGAAGCCAGGAUCCCAGCAGCCCCCAGAAAGGUCAGUGGGGACCACAAAGCAGUCCCCAGAGGGCUGCCUGGGGGGUGGGUGACCAUACAGGAUGGUGUCUAUGCUGCUCACCCUGUGAGGACCUCUGACCCAUCUGGGGCUACCCAGCUUUCUGAAAAAGAGCCCCAGCCAAGGAACAGGGAGAGUGCGCUCUCUGCCCAUGAUCCCAGCCCACCCCAGGCACAACCAGGUCAGAGUCCCAGGCCAGGAUAUCAGGAGCCUGGGGGUCAUACACAAAGGGCCUGGGGACCUCUGGGGAAAGUGAUGGUCCCAAUCUGGCCUGAGGGCCUUCAAGCAGCAGAUGCUACCCUGAAGACUGUCCCUCGCACUCACCACACUCCAACAUCGAAACCCCAGGCAGCAGGUGCCAGCCUGCACUCCCAUAAUGCCUCUGUUCCUCCCCCUCCUAAUCUCCCAGCUGCUGUGACAGAACCUGACCACCCAGUUCAAGGCCACCACCAUGAGGACUCCAUCCGGCAGGCCUCCAAGCCCCUGCAGGACCCCCUUCUUCACACUCACGACAGACCUGCUGGACAAAAAAACCCUGAGGGAGCAGAGACAAAAAGCUCCAAACCGGAAUGCACCACGUCUCCAAGAAAGAGACCCCCAGUGCCUCCCAAACCUCCCCAUCUAAACCAAGCCCACCCCCCUCGUAGGCUGCCCAAGCCCUCGACAGUCUCUUCUGACAUCUCAGGAGCAGGACGAGAGCACAAGCCAGGUGAGCCAGACACAGCCAAAGCUCCCAAAACGGCUCCGGAAUGCCUGCCUCCAGCCGAACGCUCCAAGGGACAGACCCGGGCCAAGCCUCAGCAACUUCUCAGCACCAUGGUGUCCAGGCCCAGCAGGGGUCAGCUACCCAGCAGCAACAGCCAGAGCCCUGACUCCCCUAAGGUGGACAUUCCCAACAAUGACUUCGACCCACCACAAAAGGACUUUAGCUCCCCAAAAGAGCAGCCCAAGGACUGUUCCAAGCAGGAGACCGCUGAGAGCCCAGAGACUGUACAAGGUAGCCAUCAAGAGCUCCAGGGCCUCCUAAGCCAAGUACAAGCCCUGGAAAAGGAAGCAACCCACAGUGUGGAUGUGCAGGCCCUGCGGAAGCUCUUUGAGGGUGUACCCCAGCUGGGAGGGAACACCCCUCAGGUUCCCACUGCACCCCACAAGACUGAGGCCUCAAUGGAGCAGGCCUUUGGGGAACUGACUCGGGUGAGUACAGAAGUUGCCCAGCUGAAGGAACAGACCCUGGCCAGGCUGCUGGACAUCGAAGAAGCGGUACACAAGGCUCUUAGCUCCAUGUCUAGCCUCCAGUCUGAGGUUCACACAAGGGACUAUCCACAGAGAACGCCAAAAGUUCCCAGUGCACACAAGGCCAGUGUCUCCACCAGCAGCAGAACCAGACCUAGAGGAUCAAGUCAGGCCAAAGAUGCAAAUGUAGUCAAAAAUCAAGGCAAUGGUCAGAGCCAUGCAGAGGAGCAAGGUCAAGGCAAGGUCAGAAAUCACACAGAGGCCAGAGGUCAGGCAGCAUCGAAUGUCCUUCCCUCCAGGAGGCUGGAGACACCAAGAGAAGAGUCCAGCCUCCAACAAGUCUCACCUUCUUGCAAAGGCUCUACCUCUUCCCCCACUUUCAUCUCUAUCCAAUCAGCUACCAAGAAGCUUCCAGAAGCUUCUAGCCCUCAGGGAAGCCAUUGUAUCUCAGGGAAAAGCACACACCUAGCUCAGGACAUAGGCCAAGCCCUGCUCUACCAGACAGAUAUCCAGGACCAGGCUGGGAUGAUUAUCAAAGGCUCUGAGCCCACGGGGCAGCAAAAGAAUGUUCUGGAAUUACAGACUGGGUCAGUUAGCUCCAAGUCCUAUGGAGCCACUAAAACAGUGACUGAACAGUAUGAGGAGAUGGACCAGUUUGGGAAUACAGUCCUCACUUCCUCCACCACCGUUACCCAGCAGGCAGAGCCGCUGAUGGACCCCGGCCCACAGCUCCGACUCCACACUUCUCCCUUGCUAAGGCAGUUCCUACACAGCCCCUCCAGGUUCAACAAUGAUGUGGCAGAAGCUGAGACAGCCUAA